AUGUCGUCCACAUCCAUAGCUUCCGGUCAAGAACCACCGUCGAAUAAGCCGCCGGUGAUAGAACCGACCUUAAUUCUGCAACUUCCAGAUGACUUAGUAUUGAGUUGCUUAGCACAUGUCUCCAGAUUGCACUACCCCAUUCUCUCACUCGUCUCCAAGACCUUUCGAUCCUUCACUUCUUCACUGGAGCUUUACCAGACCCGGUAUCUCUUAAACCGCACAGAGGGGUGUCUCUAUGUGUGCUUGCAGUUCCCUAACGAGCCUAACCUUCGUUGGUUCACUCUCUGUCGGAAACCAGAUAAAACCCUUAACAAGAAGAAGAAAAAGAAGAAGAAUACGACACAGUCAUCAAGUGGUAAUAUUUUGGCUCAGGUUCAGAUUCUCAACUCUCCUCCCGUGGAAUGGUCAGACUCAGAUAUAGUAGCUGUUGGCCAUAAGCUCUACGCCAUCAACAAAGAAGACGAUGUCUCCUCCUCCUCUUCUAACGUCUUCUUCCUCGACUGCCGAACGCACACGUGGGUCGAAACGCCAAGCUUGCGGUUUGCUCACACCAAUCCAGGAAUAGAUGGGAUGAUGUAUUUAGCAGGAAGCUACGAGAAUCCAGAUUCUUUGAACUGUGUUCAAGUGUUGGACACAAAGAAUCAAACUUGGAAGGCCGUGCCUGAGGACAAGAGGAUAUUCAGAGACACAGAUUUUGAAGGAAAGGUUUACAAGAACCUUGAUGGGGCGUCUGGCAAGAGAUCCUCUUUGGUUCUAAAGCUAAAGGAUUCUACAAUCGACUUGGUAGGGUCUGGUACUGUAUGUGUGAUAGAGAAAAGAUUCUAUUGUUAUCUAUCCACUGGAGUGUUUCUUUGGUCUAACAGUGAGAUUAAAUCAUUUGGUUUGAAGAAAGUACAAGGUUUGGAAGGACUGCCUAAGUUUGGCCUUUAUACCAAUGUUAAAUUGGUUGAAUGUGGUGGUAAGAUGGUGGUGUUUUGGGAUAAGUAUGUGCCGGCACGUGGUAGGUAUAAGGAGAAGAUGAUUUGGUGUGCUGAGAUCUCGCUGGAAAUGCGCAGCAGUGAAGAGGUUUGGGGAAAGGUUGAAUGGUUCGAUGCUGUGCUUACAGUACCCAAGUCUUAUAAAUUCGUGUAUGCUAUUGCAGCUACCGUUUGAUUAGCUACUCAUGAGACAGGUUUAAAGGGAAUGAAUCAGGUUAUUUUUUUCUUAGUACUUAGUAUGUCCUGAAUCUUGGAGAUUAGUCUACUCUUUGAUGAAUGACUCAUGAGAAAAGCGGCUUCGUCUUGUAGUGGUUUACUUUCUUUUGUAUGUGACUAUGA